GAUGGCGUCUGGAAAGAGUCGCAAGUCUUCAAAACGGCCUUCUUCUGGUAGUCCUUCUAGUUCAUCGCCUUUCGCUUCCAAAAAGAAAAGACCUAUGACACCAUUGAUUGCUGAUGAUGUAGAUUCUCCUUCAAGCAGUCCAGCAUCUUUUACAACAAGUAGUGAUUUAAACACAGGGAAUUCAACUAUAGUAUUUAAAGAUCCAAACUUUGAGCAUUCUGGUGCUGCUAAUACAAAACGGAAAGGAUGGAAGAAUUUAAAGCAAAUCUUGACAAUCGAAAGAGGAUUACCAUGGAAACAGGAUGAUCCAACUUAUGGAAGUAUUGAUGCCCCACCAGCAUUCAAACCAGCUAAAAAAUAUUCUGAUUUAUCAGGAUUUCCAGCAAAAUACAAAGACCCAAGAACUGGAAUACGAUAUAGCGAUGCUUCAGAGUUUUCAACUAUACGUAACCUACCAUCUGAUAUAGUGACAGGAUAUUUAGCAAUUAGAAAAGCUGCACCUUUAUGAUGCAUGCUUACUUUAUUCUUGUAUAGAUAUUACUGUAGCUAAUCCAUUUUGUACAUAUAUAUCUGUUUCAACAUUCUAACAUCCUUGAAUGAAAGAAAACAAAACAUUUUUAGAUCAAACCAUUUAAUAACAUCAUAGAAAAAAGCUAUAUCAUAUAUUUGUGGGAGAAGACAGGGAAAUAUAUAGGAGUUUCGUGAAGGAGUGUAUCAGCUUUGGAUUCUUAUCAAACAAGACCUUGUGCUAAACACAUUGGAUCUCCUACUGAUUUAGCAAUUCAAGUCUCAUGUUUCAAUUUUUAUUGCCAAGAAAGGAGAUUUCCAGAAGCUCUUAGCCUGCAUUGCUGCUGGCAGCACUAUAUAGGCUAGUAAUCCUUGGCAGCCUCUCCUGCGCAUGUCUCACACUUUGUUUUGCUAGCAUUACAACAACAACAUUACAUUACAUUGAAAAGCCUACAUGCAUCCAAGAGUCUCUACAUGAUUUUAUCACUUGCAAAAAAAUUAACCAUCUUUGAUUUAAAACCAAUAAGAAAACAUCAUUAAGCCGUGUUUAGUUUCGGUGUAAUCACUAAACACAGCUGUGAGGAGACUAAAAACAGUGAGAAGUGAUCAAAGGGCUCUUAGAUUCACGUAGGCCUUGAAAACAAAGGACCUAACUUUUAUAACAAGCCAGUAUCUUAGGAUACUAAAUAAAAUAUUUCUAUAUAACACAUUCAUCAAGA